UCUUUAUGUGAAGAUCUCUGAGCCAUGACAGACUUUUGGUUGAUUUCUGUCCCACUGGACAAAACCAGUUUAACCAGUGUAGAGAAACUAAAGCGCACCAUCACCAAAACCCAUCUGGCCUCCUGCUGGAAGUUCUCCAUUCCAGAUCUGAAGGUGGGAGUCCUGGACAGCCUGCUCAGUGUGUCAGAGGACCUCUCCAAACUCGACACUCUAACUGAAAGUGUGAUCAAAACAACAUGCCAGUGUUUGAAGGAGAUGAUGGAGACGUCCAGUGACAAAUUAGUGGAAAACGCUUUAGCCAAUGGAGUUGACCUGAUGAGCUACGUGACCAAGUUUCAGUGGGACAAAGCCAAAUAUCCCACAGCUCUGCCUCUCUCCAGCCUGGCAGACAUCAUUAACAAGGAAGUUUCUCAGGUGGAGACAGAAUUAAAAUCCCGCACUGCAGCGUUCAACAGUGUGAAAGCUAACUUGCAAAACCUUGAGCACAAGCUAGAAGGAAAUCUGCAAACUCGCUCUCUCAGUGGCAUCAUAAGGAAAGAAGACCUGGUGGUUUCAGAGUACCUCACUACUCUGCUUGUAGUGGUGAGCAGAAGGAGUUACCUGCAGUGGGAGCGGAGCUAUGAAUCCUUGUCGGAGUUUGUAGUCCCUCGGUCGAGCAGAAAGCUGUUUGAGGAUGGAGAUGGGGGCGUCUUCACUGUUACACUCUUCAAAAGAGCUGUGUGUGAAUUCAAAGCCAAAGCUCAGGAGAGCAAGUUCAUUGUGCGAGAGUACAGCUUUGAUCUGGAGGAGAAGAAGCAUCAGGAGAUCACGCAGCUCAGUAAUCACAAAAAAGAGCAAUAUGGAAUCUUUGUGCGUUGGCUGAAGGUGAAUUUCAGUCAAGUCUUCAUCGCGUGGAUUCACUUGAAAGCAUUGAGGGUGUUUGUGGAAUCAGUCCUCAGGUAUGGAUUACCCGUAAAUUAUCAGGCUCUUCUGCUGCAGACCGACAGGAAGUGCUCAAAGAAGCUGAGAGAGGAGCUUUCAUCACUGUUUGUGCAUCUGGACCCGACUGCCAGCAUGACAGAUGUAACCAAACAGGUGAGCUCUGAAAUCCCAGGACUAAGCCAGCAGGAGUACUACUCCUACAUCUGCUUCCACAUCAGCACCAACAUGCUGGAGAUUAGCUAGCAGUCAGCAACGUGAGCGACAAAGCACAGAGGGCCUCAUCACUCACGCUACAGCCUCAGACAGUCAGAAACAACCAAAUAAAACACGUCUGCAGCCUGAAAAUGAUGAUUUUUAACUUUUCUCUUGAGCCAGGUGGAGCCGACUUAUAGGAUGAAGGUGUAAAUAAUUUUGAAACUUUAGGUUGUGCUGCAUAUGAAACUGUAGGAUGAUCUACGAAUGUAAGCAAUGUUUUUAUCAGGGUAUGUUUUUAUCAGUGUACAGCUACUAUUCUUGUAUGUAAUGAGAUUAAAAAAUCCUAAAGUUCAAAGCCGGUCAGCAAUUCUUCAGUGUACAGGUAUAAAUAUUCAGAUAUAAAGAAUAUUCAUAAACUGUAUCAGUUUUAAGUCAUGUUUGAUCAGAAUGCUCCAUUAAAUACAGAGACAAUAAAUAAACUUCA